AUGAAAGAGCAAUUCAACCUCUUCAUCCCGGCUUCGGAGCCCGGGCCUGAGGCCCCGGGCGUGCCGCAGUCACAGUGGCGUCGGAUCCAUGAGUGGCUGCAUCACCGUUCCGGCCCACCGCCCGUGCCAGUUUGUUCGGUAUGCAGCGAGGAGCUGCUGAUCAAGGACAUCGGUCCUCAUCAUCAUCAUCCACAUCAGUCGCAUGCCGGUACAGAAGGCGACAUGCCGGCUCUAGCCCUGACAGGUGCAGCAGAGCAGUCGUUAGACUUCCCACGCAGGCUCGAGUGGGGGGAGAGCGAGUGGCACCUAAGAAUUCGGGAUGCCGAAAACGGACGGCUAUGGGGGCAGCUGCCGCACCAGGGCCCGUCCGCCGCCAUUGUCCUGUUCUGCGGCCACCUGGUCUGCCGGGCUUGCUUCAUCAGCAACGGCAGGAUAGCCGGGGCACUGGUGCUGCAACCCCCGCGCCCGCUGUGCCCGACGUGCACCUGCUUCCUCGACGGCGGGCGGUGCGGCCAUCUGCUGACGCAUAUGCUUCCGGCGCCGGACGACGACCUCCAAGACGGCAGCACGCUCUGCUGCCGGUUGCCCCCGACGCCGGUAGAGAGCUUGGGCUUUCGCCCGGACCGGUGCUGGAAGUGCAAGAACCUGUCUGUUGUGCUGGCGGUCGAGGGUCGCCCGUUUCUGUACUUCCGCUUCGGGGCGGACUUGUGGAAGUGGCGGGCUAAUUUGCCACCGCUGGGUGAUGCCGAUAAGCGCGUCAUGAUCUUCUAUCGGUGCCCGCCUGAGUGGACAGCGACGGAGGGAGUCGUGCGCAUCGCCCGUUUUCUGGGACGGUACCGCGACUGUUUUGUCUUCGAUGGCAUUGGGCGGGCUCACUGGGGCUGGGAUGUGGAUCGGACUGGAUUCCUUCAUGGAGAACGGAGGCGGAACGGGAACAUGCCGCACGGUCAAGAGGGUAGAGAGGGUUAGGAUGCGUUACGGCAGCAGGGUUGAGCGGACAUUGUUAGUUUGUUGGGAACCAGCGGUUGUCUGUAUUAUGCUUAGCUUGAAGUAGCGAAUUGAUCCGAGGUCAGAAGGCGAAGAUAGCGUAAGAUGGACAUGCCAGAAAGAGAAUCGAUGCACGGCGUCAGCAUCAGCGCGUGCCAUUCUGUUAUGAAUGGUUCAACUUCCCAGGCAUCGUGUGUGGUGAUACAAUCCAAUUGGAGGUUUGUUUAUUACCGUGGCACAUGGCAGGCCCAUAUCCGUAGUAGGAGAAGGAAACAGGGAAUUGCAAGGAAAAGUACCCAGGGUAGGAUGAUGGGAGAUAAAGGAGGAUGUAGAAGAAACCGGAGCGAGAAAAAAAGGGAAAAAAAAAAAGGAAGAAAAGAGAAAAGAGAAGAAGGGGAAUAUCAGAUCAUUGUCGUCCUUCCUUACCAAG